AUUUGCAGCAAGAACGAUGAGCUUCCAAAAUUUCCGUCUGGAUGGAGUACCUAUUCCGCCCAUCCCACAGCAGCCACCACAACCGCCGCAGACUUUCACCCCUCAUCAGUACUCUCCUCCGGCCCAGUCUGGUCCAGUUCUUGGUCCGCUUUCAGAGCCGCCUCAGUUCCAACUACAGACCGUCGAUGGUAGCGUUCGAGGAUCAAACAGAGGCCCCUACGGUUCCGGUGACAUGAACGAUGGUUAUACGCUCGUCUUCGAGAACAUGAACGCAUUUGAAGCCUGGCGGGCAAAGGAGGAGGAAGAGAAGAUGGUUGAAUUUGUCAAAGGCGACACGCAUGGGUCGAAGGCUGUCCCUCCACGCUUCAAAGACCAUGUCAAGUUGGUAUGCGCCCGGCACUCGAGAAGUGGCAGGAAGAAGUAUGUCAAAAAGUUUCCGGACAGGGUGAGGAAGGUACCCAGCAGAAAGCUUGAGGGCAAAGGUUGCCCUGCAUCCAUCAGCUACAAGACCUACUUUGAAACCGACGAAAUUCGCGUGUGCUAUUUCUCACAGCACUCACAUGAGACCGGAUUAUCCAACUUGCCCUAUACCAGACGCGGCCGUCGUGCUGCUGCUGCAGGCGCGAGUCCACAGGCGGGGCUGGUCGAUGGUGCCUCAGUUCCACAACCCAUCGCAUCUACUUCCAGUAUCGGUCAUGCCCUCACGCCUGCGCAGCCCGCCCAAUACCUUACUGCCUCAAUGGUAGCGGCAGGUUCCCCUCCUAUGCGGGCACAACCUCCGCAACACCCCAAUGGUUUUACAUCCUACCCUCAUUUUCCUUCCAUGUCGAUGCCUGCUCCUCCUGGGUUAGGCAGUGUGCCUCCUCCGUCUGACCAGACCGACCGCGGGAGGAUUGAGCGCGAGAGGUGGGAUCGGUUUGAAACCCUCUUUCAAAGUAUUCGCGGACAUGCAAGGCACUUUGAAUAUCCUCCGCCUUCUGUGGCUGCACUUGAGAGCGUGCUCAUGCGCAUGUAUUUCGAGAGCCCGAUCCAAACCCCCGCACAGCCAAUUCAGAUGAUGGUGCCUCCCACCCAACAGCAGCAAGCCCUUCCGACGCCUGCAGGACCUACUCCGAUGGAGGAUGGGCGGAGUGAGAGUGGUUCUGGGGAAGAAGAAGAGUCUUAGAAGUUUCAAGUAUCUCUUUCCUUGGAUGUGGUGUUCAAACGUGUCUGUCAAGGCUUCGAGACGACGUCUCCAUAAUCUAUGUAUUUGCCCUAACAUAAGGUCUUCCUACUUAGUACAACAUUGAAUCUCAACAGAGCUAUUGAGACUG